AUGCGAGCGAAAAUCCACGUGAAGGACGGGAACGUCGCUGAUCGCCGAGAACUCGUGGAACACUAUAUCGAGACACUAGAUGACCACGAUUUCGCAAAGCAAUUGACCUUGCUGCGCUUGGACGACGUGGAUACGCUUGAGAUAACGCAGCACACAUAUGAACGCAUGCAAAAGCGCAAAGGCAAUCUCCUGAUCAGUUCAGGCAAGUUCUGCUUACGAUCAGCGUCGCCAUACUCUCCAAGUCCAUCCAAACCGGCUCGAGCUGUGCGCGCAAUCCACGUGGGGGGCGAGAGCAGUUCGUCGGAAUCAGAUAUAAGCAUUGCGGAAUUGGACGAAAACCUACGACGUGUUUACAGCGCCACAGCAGCCGACCAUACGGAAGACCGGGGAAAUGAUCGUCCGACCAAGCCAAGAUCGAACGACCGUGAAGCCUGA